AUGGACUCCCUUUUCCUCCUUAACGAUGCGGGGUCCUUUCUGCUGGAGAAGCACUACAGGGGGCGUGUUAACCGCGCUGUCUGUGAGCCGCUGCUGCAGCAGCUGCAGCAGGAAGGGCCUCAAGCGCUGCAGACAGCACCGCGUGUUAUGAAGAGCAGCGGAGGUUCUGUGCUGCUGCACAUACACCGCGAUAAGUUGCUGCUUGCUGCUGCAUGCACCACAGAGGCGGAGCCCCUGUUGCUGCUAGAGAUGCUGCAGCAGCUGUACGAGCAGAUAUGUCGCUGCUGCUGCAGCAGCGGAGAUGUCCUUACAGAAGAGGCCCUUCGCAGCAAUUUCAGCGUCGUCUAUUUAUUAAUUGAUAUUGCUGUAGACUGGGGUUAUCCGUAUAUCUUAGAAGAAAAUCUGCUGCAGCUGCUGCUGCAGCCUUCCUCUGUUGUUGCCAAGGCCAUGCAGCUAGUUCAAGGGUCUUCUCGCGUGUUGACUUCAUUAGCUGCUUCGAUUGGUGUGGGGCAGCAGCAGCAGCAGCAAACUGCUGCACAGACAACUCCAGAGCUAACUGCAGGUGCUGGGCUUGGCAGCGGUAGCGGCUACGGUGAAGGAAGCGGUUUGAGCGGCAGCGGCUCUGACUGCUGGUGGCGGCGGGGAGCAGUAAAUUAUACUUCAAAUGAGGUGUACGUUGACCUCAUCGAAAGAAUUCAGGCUCUUGUAGACAGGUAG